UGUUAGGCAUUCUUCACAGUAAUCGGGUAACUUCUGGCUAGCUCUGGCAGUGUGGGCAAUCUUUCUAUGUAGAUCUAGGUCCGUCCCUUGUGAGAGUUUUUUCCCGAGAGGUUGCUUCUCCAGCUGAGAUCGUGUACAGCGCUACUAGUAGUCGUUCUUGGAAGCACUGAACUUGGGCAGUGAAGGAUUGUAAAUAGAUACGACCUCUGUUGCUCUGCCGAGAGGGUUUGCUCUCCCAAUCUGAGGCCAAAGGCAUCCUCCGUGGCGAAAGGUGGUCUUUCACGGAUCCGAACUUCCGUGCGUAUGGAGAGAGACCUUCGUGAAUAUGCUCCAGUCUUUACUGUUUUUCCCUUCAGCUUUGAUGAGUUGCUCGUGCAAAGAGAACCGCUCGUGAGAUUUUCUAGGUAGAUAAUUUUUGUUGUACCUUUAGUCGAGUUGUACAUAUUGUUUCCGGAUAGAUAGACGUAGGUCAAAACUUACCAGUUAGUAGCGUAGUUAGUUACAAGUUAGUACGUUCAACACGAUUCAGGACGUUCUCUUCUUCGUUAAAUCUCGAGUGUAUAAAUCCAUCCUCUCAUGAGUUCUCUGUACCAUGGCCAGGAGUCCUUCAAUGAUGCCUAUGAGUUGCCCAUAAACCUUGUCUGUACUGAUCGUCUGUCAGUAAGAGAACUACUGUCAGGCUCUACUGAUCAUCGGGUCAGAGCCCUAUUCGUAAUAAGUAUUUACUGCUCUGCGGAGACAUUUUUCCUAUCUCCCCAUGAAAAGCUCAGCAAACAAAUGUCAUGACUGUGUUUAUGGUCUUUCCUAUCACGAAACCGUAAGAAUUAUUUUGAACCCGAGUUCCCCCUAACGUCAUACUUCCUAUAGCUUAACCAUGAGGUAUCAUUCAUGAGUGGUCACCAGCCAAGCAGAAGAUAUUUGCCACAGGGUUCCUUCGUGUAUGGAUCCGUCUUCUUUCGAAUGUAAGAACCAAAAAUUGUGCGAUUUCGCCAAAGUCUAAGGAAUUGAGCAGCUCCCUUUUCUCGUGGACGGUGUAGAAAGUGUCAACGCUGACGAUGCUGCUGUACUGCGCUGAUGCAAAAAAUCAGAUUUUCAACUUUUGGUUGGAUUGCGGCCUACUUAGUGAGAAUUCAGUAUGACGUUGGGUGGACCAAGCAAACUGAGGAUAAAGGAAAGGGUUCAAGCCAUGGAGACGUUUCAGGAAUAGAGUCUGGACACAUGAAUACCAAUGCAGUGUUCAAGACCAGAAUGGAACUAUUCUUCUGCUUGCAUAAUGAAAUGGACAGAGUCCAGGACAUAUGUGAUAUAUUUUGUUUCUUCUUCCACUGGACUCGACUUGCAGAUCUGUGGAGUCGAUGCUAUGGUUCAUUCCGCCACGGACAUGCAACGGUUCACGGAAGCUUCUUAAUUAUGCAAGAUCAAAGAGCUGUUGGUGCUUUUCUAAAAGUAAUCAGGACCCUUGAGGAAAAGGUGGACUGACUGCCUAGGCUUUCAUAGAGAAAAAAUGUAGACGAAAUAUACAACAAACAGAGCAGAUUUAGAUUUAGAUUAAGAGCAGGCAAAAAUUUAAAAAUAAUGAGGGUGAUUUUUCUGUUGAGGCAGUGCAUAGGCCACAUUUUGUUACAACCUUCGACCUUUGAGCCCAGGUUUUCUACGGAGAAUAAAGGUUUAUCCAUAAGCAUGUGUAUUAUCCCAAGGGCUGGAC